GCCAAUAUUGCCUGCCCUCCAUUUUGAGUAUCGCGCUUGAUAGAGUCAGAUAUUUUUAACGAAGAAGUUCGUCGUACAAUCGUCUCCUGCUGCAGAUUAUAGUCUUAUACAUUCUGCGAGGUUUGAAAAGAAUAUCUUGUGUUCUUUGUGAAUUGGCAUUUGGUCACUGACUGACAGUUGGGUUGGCACCGAAACACAGGGCUACCAAAAGACGUAAUUGUUACUGUAGUUCCAACAAAUCAACGUAAAAUGGCAAGUGUAAAGCCUGAGCAAACGCCACCUCCAAAACUCGACCCGAAAGCCGUCUCUACGCCAAAACCUGGGCCAACUCCAGAUAAGCCCAACGUGAACGUAAAGCCUACUAAUGGAGAGCGAGACAACCAACCACCUUUCACCGUCAAGCCUGAAGGAGCACGUGGUGGACGCGGUGGUGGUGGUGGUGGUGUUGACCGUGGUGGUGUUGGAGGUGGUGGUGGUGGCGGUGGCAGCUUCAGAGGCAACAGAGGCCGCAUGGAUCGCGGCGGACGUAGCGGGUUUGAUAACCGACGAGGAGGGUACGACCACCGUGGAGGUCGAGGCGGCGGCGGGGGGUUAGACCGUAGUGGUGGGGGCCCUGCCAGUGGUGGGGGCCCUGCCAGUGGUGGAGGCGGCGGCGGCAGUGGCGGCGGCAGCAGUGGUGGCGGCGGCAGUGGUGGCGGUGGUGGCGGCGGCAGCGGUGGCGGCGGCAGUGGUGGUGGCGGCAUCACAAGCAUCGGCGGUGGCAUCGGUGGAAGAGGCUAUGGUCGCGCUGGCCGUGGUGGUCGAGGAGGAUUCCAUGGUCGCAACCAGAUGCAGAUGAACAACGAAGCUGCAAAGCUGGAGGCUGAGCGCGCCGCGGCCCAGGAGGAAGACAAGCCGAAAGAGGUGAAGAAAUUCACCGGUCGCUGUCGUCUCUUCGUCGGAAAUUUCACUAACGAUUUCGACGAAGGUGAAAUGAACAAGCUGUUCAAGGAUCACGGAGAGGUUUCGGAGGCAUACUGCAAUCGUGAGAAAGGCUUCGGUUUCAUUCGACUGGACACCAGGGCCCAUGCUGAGGCAGCCAAAGCUGCACUGGAUGGCAUAACAAGGAAAGGCCGAAUGCUGCGUGUGCGCUUUGCAGCCCACACAGCUGCUAUUAAAGUGAAGAAUCUUCUCCCGUCCGUCUCGAACGAGUUGCUCGACGAAGCGUUUUCACGAUUCGGACGUAUCGAGAGGGCAAUCGUGAUUCCUGAUGAGAGAGGCCGGCCAACUGGUGAGGGUAUAGUCGAGUUUGAGAGGAAGGUAUCAGCCCAGAAUGCUAUGUCCAGAGUGAACGAGUCUGUGUUCCUUCUGACUGCCUCACCUAGACCUAUCAUUGUCCAUCCCCUUGAGCAAAGAGAUGAGGAGGAUGGUCUGUCUGAAAAGGCCAUCAUGAAAAACGCCAUGUUUCAUCGCGAACGCGAGGCCAAGCCAAGAUUCGCCGCUCCUGGAUCGUUUGAGCUGGAGUUUGGCAACAGGUGGAAGCAGCUGUACGAGCUCGAGAAGACGCAGAGAGACCAGUUGGAGAAGAACAUCAGAGAGGCGAGAGAGAAGCUGGAGAUGGAGAUGGACCAGUCAUGGCACGACCACCAGACGAUGCUGAUGAGGCAGGACCUGAUGCGGCGGCAGGAGGAGCUGACGAGGAUGGAGGAGGCGCGCGCUCAGGAGCAGGUGCGCAGACGUGAGAUGGAGAUGCGGAGACAGGAGGAGGACCGGCUUCGCGAGGAGGAGCGUACCCGCAACGAGCUCCUCAUCCGGCAGCGGCAGGAGGAGAUCAUCCGCCGCCGUACUAACACCAACGUCGGAACCGGCCAGAUGUCAACUGAGGGAGGACUGGGCGGCAGUGGGUAUGGAGGCGCAAACUUCAGCAGCAGCGGUGGCACCGCGAUGGGCGGCAACCAAGACAUGGGAAACAGCGGUAAUAUGGGAAACAGCGGUAAUAUGGGCAACCGCGAACCGGGAUUCGAAAAUCAGAUGAGUGGGUCUACUGCCGGAACCGGAAACAUGAUGGCGGGUGCAAUGGGCGAUAUUGCCAAUGCUGGGAACAUGGUCAGGGACAUGGGUCCUCGUGGUGGAAUGGGGAACAGAAGAGGGGACAUGGGUUUGCUUAGGGAGCCACCGCCGCUUCCCCGCCUGGGUGAUCGCCGUGGCCGCGAGGACUUCGCUGGUGUUGGUGAUACAAAGCGUCGUAGAUACUGAGAGCUGUAAUCGAGCACGUGAGCGAGCGCAUACCGGUAUUGUGUGGAAUUAUGAUGGCUGCAUUCUUUCUGGGAACAUACAAACAAUGCAGGCUAUUCAACAUAUUGAAGCAGGGCGGUUUUGAUUUUAAUUUUAACAAAAAAAACUAAAGGUUAUGAAUAUAAUAAUUUGUGUUUGCUAUAAAUAUGAGAUUGCAAACUGAGUUGGACAAUUGCUGUUUGCCGUUAAUUUGCAGUUGUGCACGUAAGGUGUUCAUGUACAAGAAUUGCAUUCGAGGGAAUUUCCGGACAAAUUUUGCCAAGCCUUCAUUGUAAAUGUAAAUAUAUACCUUAUGAUUGACCAUGACUACGCUAUCCUGUGCAAGUUUGUGUACAUUUGUUACAGCAAGUACUAUCACUGAUGACCGUUUUAGUUUAUUAAAUGCAUGAAAUAGGCAACUUGCCCCUCAAAUAUUAACAAAUAAAUGUCUGUAAAAUGAAAGUUUAUCGAGAAUUUCCGAUUGAGCUAUGUAGUUAUUGUGAUUGCUAUUCUCGUAUGUACAUCUUUCGUGCACUGAGACAACAGUAGGAAUAGCUAUGCGCGUCUAUGUGUAUUUAAGGGAAGAGUUGUUUCAAGAUGUUUUAUUAUAAUAUUAUCAGUAUAGUAACUGCAUCAUGUUGUACACUGAGAGUCCAGCAGUUUUAAAUGGUUAUAACAGAGACUUGAGUUAUUGCGUAUGUGUUUAGUGUUGUGCGUGUGUGAGUGUAACUGUAAACCUUGCUUGGUUUGCCUACUAUUGAAGCACAGACGUGCUCGGAUAUUAAUCAUUUUGAAGUAACUAUGUGUCAUGUGUUGUGGGAAUUUUAUGUCAGUAAAUGUGUUACGAUCUCACUUGAGUUAACUACUCAUGCAACUGCAUUUGAGAUGUGUAGUCCAGCAGAUAAGUGAAACAAUCUUGGAGUGUGAAGGAGUUCGGAUGAUGAUUUUAGAAGUACAGCGCACAUGUAUUAUAUGUCAUGAAGUUUUGAUUUCUGAUGAUUCACUACGUGUGCCCCGGCACCCAUGGACCAUAUUGUAGCUAGGAUUUAUAUGUAAAGGCCCUGAUGUGGAUAAUUACAUCGUCAUUCUCAUAUUAUAUCUAUUGUAGUAUAGGCCCUAUAGGCUUUGUUUUUGUCAAUAAUGUACGUCUCAGAGAUGAUCAUCAAAAACGUAGUUUUGAAACAUGUAUUGAAGUUUCCGUAGAAUGGUGUUCUUUGUCAGCAGCGUUCCGUUGUAAUAAAAUUAUCUUGUAUUUGUUUCUCACUUUAA